AUGCCACCGCACCAGAGAGCGACCUACGAUAGGUCAAUGCAGAAGCUUACCAUCGUCGCAGAGUUGCAAAACAGGAUACCUAUUCGUUUUGAUCAUCAUCAGCGAUCAAGCAUACUUCCCGAGGCCAAAAAAAGUGACAAGGCUGCUGCUAAUGCCCCUUCCGUUACGAAUGUUCUUAUCGCUACUCCAGCUAUCACAAAUCCAGUCGUCGUUACUCCAGCUAUCGCCGGUCCAGUCGUCACAGAUCCGGUCAUCGCAGACCAAGUCGCUGAUGCAGCACCUAUUACGUCGAAACGUAAAAGUGGUGACGUGUCGACAGGAGCCGAGGUAGAUGAGAAAGGUUCCUAUUUACACAAAUGGGAAUAUGUAUUAUUCUCUAGGACCAACCAGAACGAUCCCGAGAAGCUGCCUGGAUCAUUCGUAAAUCGUGAACAAGCCAAUGCUAAACUAGAUGAAAUAACACACCAUGAUAACAUCGAAGGUGGUAUGGCCGCCGUAACCCGGAGACUCGUCUAUGUGUAUAGCCCGUCUAAGUUACUCAAAGUUGAGCUCACGCGAACCAACGGCGAAGAGUGCGUUCUGUGGGUGGAGAGGCGCCUUGUGGAUCUGCAGCACGACCUCACCAAGAAGGAGCGCGCACUCAAAAAGUGGUCUGCUAAUAGGCCCAAACUACCUCUCUAUAUCGUGGAGUGCGAAUUCUUCACGCGAGGGACCAUAGAAACACCACAACAGGUAUCCGAAGAGAGUGAUGGCUCCAUUCCCGUCAUGCCUCACGAGCAAGUAGGCAUUCUUAAUGAUGAAAUCGAACGAUAUCGCCUACCACUAGCCAUAUUCACGGAGAGAGGGCUGGCCAACGAGCACGCCGGCGCCAUGUUCUUAGAACAUUCAAGGGUCAAGGAGGAGAUUCGAUGGCCGGUAGAUGAUGAUUGGUGGGCGGAACAUGCGGUGGUAAUUCACAGGGAAGCAGAGAAGGUAGCGAGAACCCCCGAGGCACUGUAUGUUGCGGAGAUGUACACACACGAUAUGAACACAAGGCUGGGGUUUGACAUGAUCAGGGUGGGGGUUGAUGUGGUGGAUGAUGUGAACGGGCCGCUGAAUAUCUGA